CAUCUCGAUCAAUAUGUACCUGUGUUCCUCUUUGUGAUAUUUUGGGACCUGUUCCAGUCGACAACCCACAAAGCCAUUUUAGCUGAACAAUCCAAUUAAAAGAGUGGGAGAGGAGAGAGGUCACACCAGGCUGAAAUCAUCGCCUGAGAAGAAGCGGCAAGUCUGUGGUAAAUGAGCCAGGUAAGCUCAGCUGCGGUGCUGUUUACCCGCUCCUCCUACUUCAUCUUCACCCAGACUCCACUCUGGAUCCUGAAUUUGGGUUUCGUGGCUCCAGAAACGGACAAAGAAAGCGAACAAGGCAAGACUGAGGUGUCGCUCCCUGCCUGGGUGCUCUGCCAUGACACAUCUGUCCAUCUGUCAAGCAUACAGGCCCAUCAAUCAAACAGCUGAAUGCAGGCAAGUGAGCCCCAUCUGCUGCCACACAGGGGGAUAUAAGAAGAAGAAGAAGAAAUGACACAGCUUUUCCCGGCUCCAUCCCAUUUGGCUCUGACUCAGAAAAGCUGGCUUUGACACUUGCACCGUGCUGCUUCCAGCAGUGAGGUUGGAGAGAAGCGAUGGUGGUUGUGAGGGGGGGUCCUCAACGCGGCGCAGGCACUGUGAACGAGCGGCGAGCGGGAGCGCGCGUAUAGGAAGGAAGGGAAGGAAGGAGCUGAGGCAGACCAGUCGCCAGCGGAGCCGGAGCCCAAGAAGACAGCGGAUGCGCGGAGCCGAGCGUGUGUGUCGCCCUUGUCGUUUUUUACAGCAGCCGAAAGCAGCGUCCGGCAGCGCGAACCCUGCCCGAAAAUGAUGCUCAAACUCGUCCAUCUCCUCGGGGUGCUCGUCUGCGGCAGUCAAGCCGCCCUGCAGGUGUCCAUAUCCUUGAACAAAGUGGAGUUAAGUGUUGGAGAGUCCAAAUUCUUCAUCUGUACAGCUAUCGGUGAGCCGGUGAGGCUGGAGUGGUACAACCCGCAGGGCGAGCGCAUCGCGCCCUCCAAGCGGAUGGCGCUCCACACGGAGACGUCAAGGUCCCGGCUCAUCAUUUACAACGCCAUCAUCGAGGACGCGGGCAUCUACCGCUGCCAGGCCACAGACGCCGGCGGUCACACGGAGGAGGCCUCCGUCGUGCUGGAGAUCUACCAGAGGCUGACGUUUCAGGAUGUCCAGUCACCGCAGGAGUUCCGCCACGGCGAGACGGCGGAGGUGGUGUGUGAUGUCAUUAGCUCACCAGUGCCCGUGGUGGUGUGGUACUACCAGGAUAGGGAAAUCACUGAGGAGCACCACAGCAAGUUCCAGGUGCUGGCAAACAACAACCUACAGAUCCAUCAGGUGACCAAGGCCGACGAGGGCGUGUACCGGUGUGAGGCCAGCGUCGAGGCCCGCGGAGAGAUCGAUUUCGUUGACAUCGCUGUGGUCGUCAACGUCCCUCCGGUGUUGUCAGUGUCCCAGCAGUCCUUCAAUGCCACAGCUGACUACCAGGAAUCGGUCACCUUCACUUGCAUCACCUCUGGAUCUCCUGACCCUGUGGUCACGUGGCACAGGAAAGGGCAGCAGCUGGAGCCGUCAGAGCAGCACUUCUUCAACAGGCUGGAGGGCGGGCGCAGCAUGCUGACCAUCCGCAACAUCCGGCAGGGCGACGGGGGUACCUACUCCUGCAAGGCCACCAACAAGGCGGGAUCUCAGGAAAGAGAGCUCUUCCUCAAAGUGUUCAUCCAGCCCCAUAUCACCCAGCUGAAGAACGUGACAGCCGUGGAGGGCAGCGCCGCCAUGAUCUCCUGCGUGGCUGAGGGCGAGCCUCUGCCCGACAUCUCCUGGAGGAGAGCCAGCGACGGCCAGACCUUCGUGGACGGAGACAAGAGCCAGGACGGACGUUUCGAGGUCCGCGGUCGCCACGGCAAGUCGGUACUGGCCAUCAGCGGCGUGAGGCUCGCCGACUUGGGCCGCUUCGACUGCGAGGCGCUCAGCAGGAUCGGAGGUCACCAGAAGAGCAUGUUUCUGGACAUUGAGUACAUACCAAAGUUCCUGACCAAUCACACCAUCUAUUACUCGUGGGAGGGGAACCCGGUGAACAUAAGCUGCGACGUGAUGUCCAACCCUCCCGCCACCAUGCUGUGGAGGAGAGAGCGCUUCACCAUCUCUGCGGAGGGAACGGCCAACACGCGGGUGCACAGCGCAGAGGGCAAGUCUGUGCUGGAGGUGACUCCUAUGUCCGACAGGGACUUUGGCCGCUACAACUGCACAGCCAGGAACAACAUAGGAGUGCGAUACCAGGAGUUCAUCCUGGCCCAGGCAGACGUACCAUCGAAUCCGUACUCGGUGCGUCUGUCGGCCGUCUCCCAGCGCCUGGCGACCGUCACCUUCAUGAAGCCCGACUCGCACGGCGGCGUGCCCAUCAGCUACUACCUGGUCCAGUACAAGGAGGUGGGCUCGCAGGACUGGAGGGACGUCAAGUCGCACAGUGUCCAGACAACAGUGGUGCUGACAGGACUGGAGCCCAACACGACGUACGAGGUCCGAGUGGCGGCUGUCAACGGGAAAGGUCAGGGGGAGUUCAGCCACACGGAGACCUUCCAGACUUUACCCAUCCGAGAGCCAAGUCCGCCGGCGGUCCACGGCCAGAGAGGAAUGGGCAAGGCCUACAGGCUGGGGCUGGUCAAGCAGGACGAUGGAGGGAUGCCCAUCGUGGAGUACAUAGUCAAGUACAAGACUGAUAAAGAGGAACAGUGGAUGACCAAGCUGGUUCCAGGGGCGAAUGAUUUUGCGAUGCUUCAGCCGCUGCAGUGGAACACGAGAUAUGAGGUGGAAAUCACGGCGCGCAACGUCAAGGGCCUGUCGGAGCCGACCUUCUAUCAGUUCUUCAUGCCACAGAAACCAGACAUUACAGCAGAAUCCCUGUUCAGCGGCCUGGGGCUGGGGGCGGUGGUGGGCCUGGGCCUGGGAGCGCUGCUGCUGCUCCUCGUGCUGGUGGACAUCAGCUGCUUCUUCCUGCGUCACUGCGGCCUGCUGAUGUGCAUCACGCGCACGCUAUGCAGCAAGAAGACAGCCACCAGCGGCAAGGGCAAAGAAAUGGAGGAGGGCAAGGCCGCCUACCUGAAGCUACCGCUGAAGGAAGAAAAUGGAAAAGAGUCUCUCAAGCCGGAUACGAUUGAAAUCAAAGUGCACAGUGACAACAGCAUCCACACAAAGCCUGACGACAGCAAAGCGUAAAAAAAAUAUAUAUGAUUAAAAAAAAAAAAAAAAAAAAAAAAAAAAAUGGUCGGUCCCCUCGCCACCAAAAGAACAUUCGGAUCAUGAGACCAAAACCCGGAGAAACUACAACACUGGAAAAUAGUGGAGUAAAAUACCAUAUCUGUUUAUAACAAUGCCCCAGUGAAAGGCAUAUGUAAAUACAAAUAAUAGAGAGAAAAUAGAAAGGAAGAAAGGGUCAACCUUUUAGACACCUUGGGUGAUAAAUGUAUCAUGUUCUUAUAAACAUGGCAUCAGUGGAAGGCUCUUGUUGAUCAAUGAUUGUAGAUUAUUUUUGGCUUUUGUUUGUCUCAUUUUUUGUUGUGUGAUUACUUGUUUUUUUUUUUUCGUUUUUUUGUUGUUCUUUUUUUUUUACAAUCCACAUAAGACUUUCAUGCAUCUCCAGCGCCCUAUCCCCUCCGCCCACACACACACACACACACACACACACACAUAUACACACUUCUAUGACACAAUCACAAAUGCAGGCGUGUAAGCUAGUAUGCUAGUGUGGCCCUAAGCUCACUCUGCUAAUGCUCUUGCUUUUUUUUUCUUUUUUUCUGUCAGGGCGAAUGCAUGGGCCGAGCCAACCGCUGCAGGAAUAGCAUAGUGAUUUAAACCCGAUCUGCCUGUUUCCAUACCUGAGUGUUACACUGCAGCAACCCCUUUUUAUGCCUGUAAUGGCCGAUCUAGGUGUCUGGCUAAUGAGAGGCAAACGCUGUAGUGUUUUGUUUCAUGCGAGCUGGCUUCAAUAACAAAAGGUGAACCACUCCUAAUGAGAUUUGAGGCUUCGGGUUCUCGUGAGUUGCAUUUGUUCCCGGUAACAUUGAAAACUUGUAUCAAACAGGACCUAAUCAUUAAUUAUUAAGACAAAUUUGGACUUGAUUAAUGUUGUCUGAAGGGCUGUUGUGGAUUAUAGUUUGUGUUGCAGGAAAGCAAGCUUAAAAAAAAACAAAAAAAAAAAUCUUGACAAAAAGAAAGAAUGUGUUGCAGUCUAUGGAGUGUACAGUAUAAUACCACACAUGUGCAUUGAUGUCACUGUUGGCAAAGCCUUUUAUAUUGACACGGAAUAUUGUUGACAGUCUUCAGCUGUCUCAUGUGCAUACAUAUGUUUUUACUCAUCUGUGUUUAAACUGCAUUGUUGCAGGGUCAACUGUACUGGCAGCCAAUGUUCGCUUUGGUAGACACCUUGGGAAAAAAAAAAAAAAAAAAGGUUUUGUCCUGAGUGGCGUCCCACAAACGCACUGAAUGGUGUCAUGUUAAUCGUUGCUAUUUGUUAAAAGCAGGAAAACGGAACGGGGACAAACAAGUGUGCUGACAAGAAAAUAGAUCAACAUGUGUGUCAUGUAUGUUUUUGAUGAUAUACAUCAAUUCCUUUAUUCAUUCCUGUGUCCAAUCUGCCUCAGAUGCAUUUUUUUUUUUUAAACCUUUAAUUUUUUUUCCUCAGUCUGAUCGCUAUUGUCUCUGAUGUUGUCAUGUGUUGUACAUAGGUGAAAAAAAAAGAAUAUUUUACAAAGCUUUUAUGUAAAUAUACCCUAAAGGAUGUGUCUUUUUUCAAAAUGCAACAGGCUUUUUUGUGAACGCUCCUCAGAUGAAAAGCUGUUCUCUGUUUUUUUCUUUCUUUUUUUUCUUUUCUUUUUUCUUCUUCUUCUUAUGUUGUGUUUUGGUCCAAAGUUCAGUGAUGGUGUAAUAUUGCUUUUUCUAGUCAUUUGCUUUCCCUUAAGAAAAUCCAUGCCCUAAGGCUAUUUCACAGCAUUUCAAUGGAGGCAGUAAUUACGGCAUUAGUGUGCCUUCUCUUUUUCUUUUUUCCUCCUCCCUCGUGGCCCGAUGCCGCUGCAGCAGUGUAGACUAUCAAAUGGGUUUUUGAUCGUGGCGUUGCUGCUUUUUUUUUGGUUUGCUACAGAAUGUGACAGAAGAUUGACUUUUAUCGUGAUGCUGUGAAUUCUGGGAAAUGUAGUCGUAGGACAGCGGGUUCAAGUCGACGACACUGGACAAAAACAACUACCUAGUACAACUAGAUGUCAGGUUGAUGCUGUAAGUCUUGAGUACACAGUACAGUGAUGGGCUGCAGAAAUCUGGCUUUAAUGCCAUGCAUCAUCACAUGCGUGUGUGAGUGUGCGUCGGUGUGUGUGUGUGUGUGUGUGUACGCAUACAUGUGUGAGCGGGUGAUUACACUUGUCUACAUGAAUCAGGUUGCAUGUAUGUCUAUUGAAUGUAUCUGCACGUACUGUAAGUGAAUCUGUGUGUGUUUGUGAGUGUGUGUGCCCAUUUAGAUUUUUCACAAUAAGAGUCUCCCAAUUACAAAUAAUAUACUAAGUAAAUGAAAGAGAUAAAAACUCAAAAUCUUGGCAUAUAUUUUGUUAUAAUUUACUUGUUAGUUUUGUUAACUAUUUAUAUUGGAUUAAAGUGUGUUACUGAGCACACUUCCAGCGCCAUGAUGCAUUACGCGGCUCUUCAAGUCAUAUAGGCUGUGAUGACCACAUGCCAGGUAUGAAUAUCCCGAGUGCUGUGAGCGUACGAGUGUUUCUCUUUGAGUGUGGAGUGAGUUGGCGAGAGCUCUCACGCAGAGUUCCAGAGUGCGCUCUGAUAGCUAAAACCUGAUUAUGUAGUUCUCGACAGUGAUUAAUUCCCCAGGCUGCAGCACUCCACUGCAUGUGACUGCGAGCCCCCACUGCCGCCCCAAAUUCCUGCCUCUCAGACUCCAUCGGUUUUUAUCUCAGACCUCGUAGCGCUGGCUUUGUUUUCUCACCGCGAGCCCUUGUUCCUGUAUAUCUCAAAUGGAUGGUCCUGCCAUGGAGUGGUUCCGCUGCCUGUUACGAUGACUGUAAAUAUGGGAGCACAGUGCCUGGAGGCUAUACGAUUUGUACAUGUUCUUUUGUAUUUGAAUAUGAGUCUAAAUCCCCGAACCACCCCCCCACCGCUCGCCUCUCCUCUCCCCUCCCCUCUUGUCCUUCCUCUCUGUCUCCUCCACCAUGCCUUUUUCUGUCGGGGGGUAAAACAGGUGUGUUUGAGCUCAGUGUACAGUAUGUGUCCUCUUUGUCCCCAUGCUCCCUGUGUCCCUUGGACUGUCCCCCGCUGAGUUUGCUCUGUGAAGGAGGUGGGAACUAUUGAUGUCUCUCUGUACGUACCUGUGGAACACUUGUGACUCCUGUCAUUUGCCGCUGUAAAUAAACAUGUCCUGGUAGAAGA